AUGCCUUUAUCCAUGUCAGCCAGUGGUGAGAAUGCUGGGCCUUUGGAAUGCUUGAACUUGCCUUAUCACGCCCAGGAUCACAUUCAAGGUUGUCGUGGCAAAGUAAAGCUCGCUCCUCUGGGUCGCUAUUGUGUCCCUUUUCAAGAACUUUCGGAGCCGUUGUUGUCGCUGUUCUUUGGGAGAGGUGCGAAUGCGCAGGAUCUUGUGCUGCCUGGUCAAGGUAUACUUCCUCUCAUCGACGGCACUGAAAUCUUCCACGGUCUGGCGCAGGUCCUCGAGGACGAUACGGGUGUCGCGGAUCAUGAGACGGAGACUAUUGACCAGGGAUUCGGUCAAGACGACCCGGGGAUUCUGUACGCAUCUCUGGACAUGUCCCCAGAGGGUCGCGAAGGUGGUGACUUCCCGGUGGAAGUUCUCGAACUCUCUCGUGGCGAGUUCCACACCGUCGUACAAAUUGUAAAGGGAUUCACCGACACAGAACGCAAGGCGAACAAGGCCGACGAUACUUAA